AUGCUGCACACCCAAGUAAUGAACCUCCUGGAGUGGGUAUCCACAAAAAUCAGGGGGAAGAGCAACGAAAACAGAAUAUACCUGAUCUCCAAUUUCGAAGUUAGCAAGGAAAACCAUGAGCUGUAUAUAAGGAAAGCUCAAGAGAAGCUUAAGGAAGAGGACCUCAACAUAGACCUACUAUUUGGGAAAAAACACAGGAAUGAAAUAAGAACGGCGAAAUAUAAGGUGUAUAGCUUCCUACCACUAAUCGUCUUUUUUCAAUUCCUACGUUUAGGAAAUUUAUACUUUCUGUCCAUAUCCAUGCUACAACUCAUCCCCGAAAUUACAGACUCCAAGGGAAUGCCCACCUACCUAAUCCCUCUAGUAUUCAUUAUCGUUGUGGCUAUGAUUAAGGAAUUUUUCGAAGACCUACAAAGGCAUAAAUCGGAUAAUGAAGAAAACAGUAAGAAGACAAUGGUUUUCGAAGGGGGCAUUUUGAAGGAGAAAAAAUGGGCAGAUAUAAGGGAUGGAGAUGUCGUGAAAAUAUUUUCCUAUGAAUACUUCCCCGCCGAUUUAAUUAUCCUCAAUUCGUCGAACAAAAAAGGAGUUGUAAACAUUGAAACGAAGAAUGUUGAUGGAGAAUCCAACGUAAAACAAAAGUAUUGUCUCCCCGAUGUAGUCAAAUAUUUCCAGGACGAUAAACAUGCUGGUUACUGCCAAACAGAAUUAAUAAGUGAAAGUCCCAAUGAUAAUAUUUUUGACUACAAGGGGCAUAUGCUUUUGCCCCCUCUUCAGUACAAAAAAGACGGAGGGAAAAUAGUACAUUUUUAUGAUGCCUAUGGAGGGGGAACCAUUUCUGGGGAGGAUCAAACUGAUGGCAUAAAAAGAAAAAAAACAGAAAAAAAAAAAAAUAAUAAUAAUUACCAUAGAGGUGAAGACAAUAAGGAUGGAGGUACCCCUAGAUGGAAUGAAAACGAGGGAAAUUAUUCCUCCAAUGGGGGCCACAUCAAUACUGAUCACCUGUGUGCAGAACGCACAGUUGUCCAGGUCACCAUAGACAAUGUAGUCCUUAGAGGAACGUCCCUUGUAAACACCAAGUGGAUCUAUGGACUUGUUGUCAACACAGGAAAUAGAACAAAACUGAUGAAGAAUGCCUCUACGAAAUCAAGACAAAAAUGGUCUAGACUGGAAUUCGUUUAUGGGAACCAUGUAAUCGUUCUAAUAAUAUGCCAGGUGUUAAUUUCCUUCAUCGUUGCCAUAGCUGGCGUUUUAUGGAUGAGGAGAAAGGGUUACAACUUAUGGUACUUAAAUUUAGGUCAUCAGGCAGAUAGCCUCAAAACGUUUUUUAUCACCAUUGGAUCCAUGAUUCUUCUCUUUGGAUCGUUCAUACCGGUGGAUUUACUUCUCAUUUGGGAGGUCGUUCGACUUUUACAGGGAUACCUAAUUAACUGGGAUAACGAUAUGUACAGUGCAAAAAGUGGGAGACAUGCCUUAAGCAAAGCUGGACAGCUACUGGAAGAAAUGGGGAACGUCACGCACAUUUAUUCAGACAAAACUGGCACGCUCACGCAGAACAUAAUGCAGCUGCAGAAUAUCGGGCUGGGAAACAAGGGCACUUAUGGGUUCUACGAUUUUAGCAACAUUAAGGAGAACAUCAUAAGGAAGCGCGGGGCGGGCAGCCAUGACAGUUCGGACCCCUUUUCCCCGGGCAGCGCAGCAAGUGGGGGAAGCCACCUAAGCGGGAUAAACGGUGGGGAGGACCUGCCCACCAGGGACAGUGCCAACCCGAACAUCAGCUCGGAGGACGGCAGUAGGGAAUCGUGCGAAUUGCCCCCCCUCGCGUGGUCGAAGACGUCAGUCAACACACACAAGGAGAAAAAGAGCCUCAUGCAGAGGAACAGCCUUACCAGCGAGCACGCGGCCGCGGAUGUCUACACGGAGGACGAUUUCCAAAGGGGUGAAAACGAGUUUGUUUUCUUCAACAGAAUUCUCUUCGUCAAUAAAAUUUACAGCAUCAGGAAUGACGUGCAGGACCAGGUGCACUUCCUCCUGCUCGUUCUCAGCCUCUGCCACAGUGCGAUGAUAAGAAAUGUAGACAUCGAUGAGAUGGAAGAGGUAGGGGGAUCGCCGAACGAGACAGCUGAAGGCGCUGCGGUUUCGGCAGGAGUCACGGUGGGACCCUCUUCCGGACCCACCGAAGGAGUCGCUUCCCCUGCCCCCUCCCGUGCGGCAUCCAGCGAAGGCACCUUGGAGAAGACCAAAAUAUUCGACCGAGAAACCAUGAUCAACUACACAUACCUCACUCAGUCGCAGCCACAGUACGACGCCAGCUCACCGGAUGAACUGGCACUGAUAAGCACAGCUCUCUACCUUGGCUGCGAAUUCGUGAAUAGACCCAACCUGACGACGAUUGAAAUUGAGCUGACGUCCACCUUCGCACAGAGGUUCAUCCUGGGGGAGAAGGCGUACAACGAUUUUCUGCAGAAGAAGGGUUACUAUGAAGACAACUUUGAUGCGUGCUUCCCGGAGGUGAAUUCGCCCAGGGAGAGGAGGGGAGAGUCCAAGUUGAAUGAUGCCACUGAGAAGGGAAGUGCUAACCGGGGGAGUCAGGUAGAGGAUAAUACCAGCAUCCUCCACAUGUCCAUCCCGAUGAAGAACAUCUUCGGGUCGAACAAAGCCAGCCCGAAGGAGGCGACCAAAAUCGAGGGGAAAAAAAGCAAGCGGGUGGUUGUGCCUAUAUUGGCCUACGAAAUUCUAGACGUCUUCUCAUUCGACAACGUGAGGAAGCGCAUGUCCCUAAUUGUAAAGAAUGAGAAGAAAGAAAUUUACAUGCUAGUCAAGGGAGCGGACACUAGUGUAUUGAAGCUAGCUGCAAAGAACCAGGAGCACAUAGUAGACCACAUAAUGUACCAGCUGAAUGCAUUUGCUACAUCUGGUUUAAGAACCCUCGUGUUAGGAUAUAAGCAUCUAACGGAGGAAGAAUUUACGAAAAUGUAUCAGCACCAUGUGGAGGCGAGAAGAAGGUCGGAAAUGCGCAAAGACGAUGAAGGAUGUUUGGGAAAGUUCUACGAUGAAGCAGAGGAUAAUUUAAUUAUCAUUGGCUGCACGGGGAUUGACGACAAAUUGCAGGACGACGUUCCGCAGGUGAUACAGGACCUGCGAGACGCUGGAAUGACCAUCUGUGUGCUCACGGGAGAUAAAUUAGAGACAGCCAUAAAUAUCGGACAUUCAAUUAACAUAUUAAAUAAGGAGACGUACAACGCAGUGUUCACCGAAACAGACCCGACUGUUUUGUUAGAACAAAUGAUUAUUCAUGAGAAGAACACCAACGCAGCGAACCUGCUAAAUGUGGACCAUGGAACCAAAUGGUGGAAUAGCGUCAACUGGGAAAACCUAAACCUAGAUCUACGAUCAGAAACUAUUUUAAAUUUUAUGAAAACAAAUUUUUACGGAUCAAUUAAGAAAAGCAUCAUCUCCUCUUCUAACAUGUUCAAUUUGAAGAAUGAGAAUUCUUUACCAGAACUAGCCAAACAGGAAAAGAUAUUCAAUUCCUUCCUUGAGUCGAGUGAAUCGUUUGCUAACAAUUGUAACGAUGUGGAAAAGAGCAAAGCAAAAGACAAGGUCCACUACUCACAGUUCUCCAUAACCAUCACGGGAGAAGCAUUAGACGAAAUUAUGAAAAGUAAAAUUUUGAAAAUAAAAUUCUACACCUUAGCUAGGAGUGCAUCUACACUCAUUGCUUGUAGAGUAACACCAAAGCAAAAGUCCCUUUUGGUGAAAGAGAAUUCUGCCUUCAAUCCCAGGGGUACCUCUUUAGCCAUUGGAGAUGGAGCAAAUGACGUGGGCAUGAUACUAAUGGCUAAUGUUGGCGUCGGAAUAGCUGGUAAGGAGGGGUUACAAGCAGCAAGGUCUUCAGACUUUACCAUAAGCGAAUUUAAGUACUUAAAAAAAUUACUCUUCGUUCAUGGAAGGGAAUCUCUCAGGAGGAAUUCCUUCUUAGUGUACUUUUGCAUUUUUCGAAAUGUGAGUUUUUGUCUCUGUUCGAUGGUUUUGAAUUUCUGGACAGGUUACAGUGCCAUAGAUGCGUGGAACCCCUGGACCAAGCAAAUCAUUAACAUUGCUUUUACUUCCCUCCCUGUUAUUUUUUUUGUUGCCCUGGAUAAGCAGCUCCCUCAUCGGAUUCUCCUCAAGAAUCCUCUCCUAUAUGAGACAUCUCCAUCCACAUUAUGGCCCCUUUACUCCAAUAAGAAGAUCGAAUUCUACACCGAUAAGAUAAAGCGGUUUUACAAAAACAUUUUCCACUUUUGUCUGAUCCCGUUUAGACUAAUUCCCUUCUUUCAAAAGUCCACGAACAAAAUGAAGUCCUGGAUUGGCAAACGAUCGAAACCGGAGAAGUACAGGUCCUACGGUACUCAUUACCUUUUCGUUUAUUUGCUCUUUGCCAUUUGGCUAGCCACAGUGGAAACUAUCAUUAUGCUCCACUUUGCCACUGGUCAGGUCGACUCAAUAAUCAAGGACCACCACAAUGUAGAUAUAGAUUUCCAUACAUUUUCACAAAUUCUCUACACUCACCACGUCAUAGCAGUCAAUGCUGUCGUUGUGUUGCUAACCAACACAUGGUUUGUUAUUUCUCACAUUGUCCUGUGGAUAGAAAUUAUCGCAACGUUACUUUUCUGGUUCAUCGUGAGUAACACUAGACUCUUUUUAGAUAUCAUAGGGGCUGAUGAAUUGCAUGGCACAUUUGAAAAGGCGCACUCCUCAGGCAACUUCUACCUGUCGAUGCUCGUCUCCCUGUACGUUUCCCUCUUACCUUUGAUUCUCCUUAUGACGUACCAGUUUAUGAAGAAACCCACCAUGGAGCAAAUUGUCCUGGAACAACUCAAGCUGGGAAAGUUUGAAGGUCUCCGGAAAUACGAAGUUAAGAAGCUCGCCUACAUUGACAGCAAGAAUAGCUCCCAUGUCUUUUCGCACAAGGGCUUCGCCUUCGCCGUCGAGGCUAAGGAGGCCUUUUGGGGCCUCGUGCAGAAGGCUAUUUACAAAAUUAAGAUUCCGCUUACCAAGGAUGAGGCGGGCUCGGCCAAACCGAGGCGCAAAAAUUGA